UAAACGCCUUUUAAGCGGCUCUCCCUCGUAUUCUCUCCCCCGGUUCUUCGCUCUCCUCCCCUCCCUCCCUCUCUCUCUCUUUCUCUCUCUCUCUCCCCCCAAAUAUUCGGAAGCCGCUCUCAUCCACGAAGAAAACCAGCAGCACCCUUGCGAUCCGAGCUCGGAGACCACCAGAUCGAGCGGCGGGAUCCGAUCAUCCAAUGGCGCGCGUGCCUCGGAAGCGGCAGGGCGGAAACGCCAAGGAGGACGGCUUCGAUGCCACCGGCGUGCCGCCGGAGGCCACCGAGGAGUCUCAGGAGGCGCCAAAAUCCCACAACGAGAAGGUUUCUUCACCAGCGCUGGCGGCGGAGCCCGAGGAGGAAGUUCCGGAGGACAGGCCUGUACGCGUAUACGCCGAUGGAAUCUACGAUCUCUUCCACUUUGGCCACGCUCGAGCCCUAGAACAGGCCAAAAAAUUAUUCCCCAACACCUAUUUACUUAUUGGGUGCUGCAAUGAUGAAAUCACCCGCAGAUACAAGGGAAAAACUGUCAUGACUGAAUCUGAGCGCUAUGAAUCACUCCGCCAUUGCAAGUGGGUUGAUGAGGUUAUUCCUGAUGCUCCGUGGGUCAUCACGCAGGAGUUCCUUGACAAACACAAGAUUGAUUUUGUGGCUCACGAUGCCCUCCCAUAUGCAGAUGCAAGUGGAGCUGGCAAAGAUGUUUAUGAAUAUGUCAAAUCUGUUGGAAAAUUUAAGGAAACAAAGCGCACAGAUGGCAUAUCUACAUCAGAUAUCAUAAUGAGGAUUCUGAAGGAUUACAAUGAAUAUGUGAAGAGAAAUUUAGCACGAGGUUAUACAAGGAAGGACCUUGGUGUGAGCUAUGUGAAGGAAAAGCAACUGAGAGUGAACAUGGAAUUUUCUAAAUUGCGUGAGAAAGUAAAGGCACAGCAAGAAAAGGAUGAACAAAGAGAAUGUUCUCCAGAUGUAGGAAUGAGAAAUGAAGGAAAAUGCUAUCCUCUAGAUGUGCACCUAGUAAAGUUCGCCAUCUCGUUAAUUGUAAUACCAUUCUAUUACAAUGUCGGUAUGUGGUACGGUAUGAGACGGCGAGCCAUGCUGAGUGUUAGUACGUUGCAAACAGCAGCAAAGACUGCUGGGAUCAAUCACGAGGAGUGGAUGGAGAAUGCAGAUCGCUGGAUUGCGGGAUUUCUUGAGAAGUUUGAGGAAGGAUUUCAUAUCAUGGAAACUGCGAUUAAAGACCGAAUUCAGGAGAGAUUGAGGAGGCAGUCAAGCAAAGAUUUGGGUGCCAAUCUUCUGCAGGAACCAAUAGCAUCAUGAGGAUCUCUGAUACCAAAAUUAGAUGGAUGGUUAUAAAAAUGACUGAGAUAUGGAUAUUAUAAUCGCUGUUCUUUAUGCUGUCUUAUCCUCCUGUGUGAUUAUGUCGUGUUGAUUUUUUUUGUAUCGUUCGAAGACUGCAGAGCCUACAAUACAGCAGCAGUUGCUGUUGCUACGGCCUCCAUCUUUCUUCCCCUGAGUGAGCGACCACUGUUAAAGCAGUAGAGCAGUUUGUGAUCAGAAUGUAUCAAAUGAUAAUUGACUAAAGGUGCUGCAAGCGUCGUCCUUUUGAUAUAGAUUUUCAUUAGUAAUACUUGUUCUAUCAUCAGUCCCACGAUGUUCAUCUGAUUAAGACUACCUUAGUUACAAACUAAGGUGUAAUUUGUUGAUAAAUGGAUCUUUCUGGUAUUGGCAGCUUCUGGCGCAUGUGAGAGGUAUGAUAUGUACUAGAAUAUUUAAAUUCAUUUUAGUUUUAAGAAGUUAUCAUCUGCUCCGUUAAGAAAAUUGAAAUACAUAUUUAUGAA